AUGACUCACAGCCUAAAAGUUUUGUUCAGCUUAUUAUUCCUUUACACGGCUGCAGUCAAUGCAGGUGUAAUCGGCAUAUUCAACGCACUUCCUCCACCAAACACAAAGCCAAUCAACGGCGAAUCCCCACUUUACCAGUGUGACGUUCUAGAUAAGCAACUCUUGGAAAUCAAAGAAGUUGACUUGACCCCUAAUCCUCCCGUUCGUGGCGAAAAUCUAACCAUUUCUGCCAACGGUGAGGUCUUCGAAACUAUAAAAGAAGGGGCUUAUGUCGACGUAGAAGUUCGUUUAGGUUACAUCAGAUUGUUAUCACAGACUUUUGACUUGUGUCAAACUUUGGAAGAUAACGACAUCGAAGGAGUAUCCUGUCCAAUUGAACCAGGAGAAUAUGAAAUUAAGAAAAUAGUUGAAAUCCCAGGUGAGGUUCCACCUGGUAAAUAUGUUGUGGUAGCAAGAGCUUAUACCGAGAGCGAUGAUUUGAUCACUUGCUUAACCGGAGAAGUUGUCUUCCCACCAAGGUGA